AUGCUUAGAAACAGUCAAAGAGUAGAAGGUAAAAAAGAUGGUCAAUUCCUCAAACCUAUUCUUGACGUCAGAACCAGAUGGAAUAGUUCAUUUUAUAUGAUAGAGAGAUUUAUACUGCUAGCUAGUAAUUUUUCACAAGUUCUGUUAGCUGAAAGUGUUAAAACCAGAGACAUACCAGACAUGGUUACCAGUUCAGAGCUUCGGUGUAUUGAAGAUAUCUGUUCUUUAUUGCGACCUCUUGAGCAAUUAACUAGAGAGUUGUCCACAGAAAAGUUCGUGAUGUCAAAGUUGGACUACAGAUUUGAAUGGUUGGAUCAAUUAGUUAUACAACCAAUAUGCACUAUAUUAGAUCCUAGAUUUAAAGAUAUGCACUUCAAAAAUCCAAUGUCUAAUUCAAGAGCCCAAGAUGAGGUAGUAAGAAUGAUGGAUAAAGACACCAAUUGUGAUGAUCAAAUAAUAUGUCCGACUGAAACAGUUGUAGCAGCCCGAGAAAGUAGACAUUUUGACUUGUGGGGCUUGCAUAGAACACUUGAGCAAGAACACAAAAAUAAAAGGACGCACAUGACAACAUCAAGAGAAGAACUUAAGAGUUACUUACGUCAAAGCGUUAUUGGAUUGAAUGAAAAUCCUUUGGACGAGUGGGAAAACACUAAAACUGUGUUUCCAAAACUGUAUAAACUUGCACAGAAAUUCUUAAUAAUACCGGGUACAUCAGUACCCUCAGAGAGACUAUUCAGCAAAGCUGGAGCGACCAUUAGUCAAACAAGGAACCGACUAACUGGAAGUAAACUCAGCAAAUUACUUUUCUUACAGUCAUUACCUAGGUUAGAUUAA